AGCAAAAGGAAGCACCCGGAUGGUUCUUCCAGGCCUGUCAUUCUUCCACUGACGGGCUGGCCGAGUUCUCCGAAGAUACCGAUAUGCGUACUAAGCAGAUUUGAAACUAGACUUGUUGAUCAGAGUGACGUCGCUAAAGCAUACUAAGCAAUGACUGGUGACAGAUGCACGAGACCUUCAGGGUUUGCUUGGUAUAUAUAACUUGGCUAAGGCCUUCCAAGACGCCAGGCGUCUGUUGGAUUUCCUACAGUUUUUCGAGUACGGUUUAUAUUUUCUUUUACCCACCUUACGACAGGAUCGACCGUAAUAAUAAAACCUACGAUUUACUGGGAGGACGUUACAGAAAAUGGCAGCGCAAGACUACUAUCUAGGCACACAAUGCGUCCAUGAACUUCCAGGAAGUCACCCACCAAAUGCAUACCAGUCGCAUUCAUCAAAACCACCGCUAUACCAGCAACCACCAGCAUCACCGUACAUGAACACGCCGCCUCCAUCAUACUCUGCGCAUCCUCAUCUACCACCACCGAAACAGCAUAAUGGCUACACACCCCACCAACCAUAUCCCGAAAAACCAUCGCAACAACAAGCAAUGAUGGCACCCUACCCCCAAACACCACCACCAGGCGGCUACUUCGCCUCACCACCACCAAUCCCACAACCGCAACCGCAACUCCAACGCCAACACAGCAGCUACCUUGGCGCCCACCUCCAACCCUACAGAAGCCACUCCCAACCCGCCCGCGUCCGCUUCGAAGACCAAGAAUCAGACCGCAGCACAAGCCUAGGCUCAAUAUCCGACUCCGACUCUCCCCCACCGCCUAGCCGCCAUCACCACCACCACUAUCAUCACCACUACGCACAGCCUACCCAGCGCCAUAUCACCACCCAACAUUCGCGGCCCCGAGACCGCACUUGCGACUCCGAUCACAGCGACCGCAACCGCGACCGCUCCUCCUCGCGCCACCACCACCACAACCACUCCCGGCGGCACAAACCAUCCAAAUCCCACUCUUACAAGUCGCACGAAGAGUCGCAUAAAACGCGCGAUACGUUUCUCGGGGCUGGCGCGGGCACGAUAAUUGGGGAUGUCAUCUUUCCCGGUCUAGGUACGGCCGCGGGGCUGGUGUUGGGAGGGUAUGGGGGGCGCAAGUAUGCGCUUGAGAAGCGGAGGGGGGACGAGGGGAGUGAUGGGGAAAAGGGGAGUAGUAGUAGGUGGAAGAAGAGGGGGCAGGAGGGGUGGGAUGAGAAGUGUAGGAUGGGUAGGAAGGGGGCGGCUGUAGGAUAGGCUUUACUUUUCUUCAAGAUGGAAAGGGGUGUUUUGAGGCUGCUGGUUCAGCUUACGAUUACGAUCAUGAUCAUGACAUGUACAAUAUUUUACUGUGUUCAAAAUGUUCGAUACGCC